UACAGGAGAUGACCAGAGACUGCGGACACAGUACAGCAGAUGACCAGAGACUGCGGACACAGUACAGGAGAUGACCAGAGACUGCGGACACAGUACAGGAGAUGACCAGAGACUGCGGACACAGUACAGGAGAUGACCAGAGACUGCGGACACAGUACAGGAGAUGACCAGAGACUGCGGACAUAGUACAGGAGAUGACCAGAGACUGCGACACAGUACAGGAGAUGACCAGAGACUGCGGACACACAGGGAUGACCAGAGACUGCAGACAGUGCAGGGGAUGACCAGAGACUGCAGACAGUGCAGGGGAUGACCAGAGACUGCAGACAGUGCAGG